AUGCCACCUAAAAAGCGUCUCCGUGGUCCGAACCUUUCGGCCGUCGAAGAGGAAGAGUCGACGUCGCGACAAGCAACGAAGGCCGUCCAGAAGCCGAAAGAGAAGGUGACUGCGACUGGAAGAACGAGGGGAAGACCGACGGCGACGGAGAGGCAGAAGGAAAGUGCAAAGAAACAAGAGAAGCCGGUUCCGAUGGAAGAGGAGUCGGAAGAUGAGUCGAGUGAUGAUCAGAGAGAAGCGGAAGAAUCAGUGGUGGUGUCGGAAGAUCGGGUGGAGCAUGACGACGAAGACGAGCAGGAUCUCACCCGAGAUGUGAGCCUGCUCGUGAUCAGAGGACCAGACCCGGUGACUGAGUUUCAAACGAUGAAAAAGAGCAUAAGGUAGAGAAAGAGAGACCGAGUGGGAAUGGGAAACUUUUUUUCUAAAUUUCAGAAGAACUGUGGUUGAAGCGUUCCGGAUGACUUUCCAAUCAGCCGGAAACAUCAACCAGGACAUCAGCGUUUCCACGCAAAGAGUGGUCAGACUUUUCCAAAGAGUGAAAACUAUGGUCAACCCUUCGGAUCCUUCAAACGGAGAGAACCCAUUGAGAGACGAGUUCUUCGCCGAAGUGGAUAUUCGUCUCACAAUGAUGCUCGACGAAGUGUCCGUCAUCGAAAACCGUGCACGCGUUUUCAAAAUGGUCGCUCUUUCGGCUGUCGAACUUUUGAACCACAAAGACGGAGGGGACAGCUCAAUGCUUCAUUUUUUGCUGAAUUUCCUAGAAGAGGUACAGAGUUUAGAAAAAACUGAAGGGUAUAAAAUGUGUAUUUUCAGUGGACUCACAGCACGAACGUGGCUGCUCGCAUCAACACGUCCAGCUUUACAAGCUACUUGUUCGAUACUGGAAGUGAUAAACUGCCGAAGGAGUCGGGCACAUUCUGCGGAUUUCCGAUCAAGGAGUCCGAGAGAAUGUUCAGACUGCUGAAAAGAGGUGUUCAAGACAAAGAGUACCAAGCGAGAGUGUCGGCGAUCCGCGGAAUGGGUUUCCUUCAGGCGUACCCGGUCCCGUCCCAAUGGAGCUCAGAAAUGAGGGAGCAGUCUCCGAGAGAACGUCCGUUUUCCUCAUCGUUCCCUUCCAACCCCGUUUUUUUCAGUGCUCAUGAGAUCGUUCCUCGACCAGGCCUGGGAGUGCAGACUCGUUGCGGUUCAGUCAUUGAAUCCGAAGGAGAGCGACACGCAAAUCCUCUCGGACAUUGUUUACUACGAUAAAUGCCUGAAAGUUCGUACGACCGCACUCGGAAAGUUUGCGGGUAUGAAACCGAACAAAUAUGUGAGGGAGAAGAUAAUGAUGCUCGAUUUGUGCUUGAAAGAUCACGAAGGUAACAGGAGAGAGAUUCAAUUGAGAAAUCUGAGAGUUUCGUUUUAGUUGCUGUCCGUGAUGCCGCAAAGAAUGUCUUGAAAGGCUGGGUGAAGAGGAUUUCCGAUGUCUGGGCAUCGAGACUGAAAAAGAAGGAGGUCGAAGAUGUGAUCGGUUAGUGAAGAAGAAUAAUAACUGACGAAUUCUUGGAUUAUUUCAGCCACUGAUUUAAACUACGAACCAAUUGAGGAAGUGAGGGCGAAGGGGUACGCGGCGUCCGGUCAGGCCAUCGUUCUCCUCUGGCUCAGUGAUUCCCCGGAGACUCCUGAGCAUCAUGUCAUUCUCAAACGGCUCUGCAGUCAUCUUUUCGACGUCGUCCGUCACAUGUACUCGUGCCAUCUGGAACCAGUGAACUCGUUCGCUGACAUGAUUAUGACCGAUUUGAAAGCAAUCGAAGGCGUGUCGAUUGUCACGAAAAGUUCCAUUUCAACGAUUCUGGAAGACAGUGAAAUAAAAUCAAGGUAGAAUAGGAAGCAACGGCAGAUCGAGCCAUUUGCGUUUGUUUUCAGAACGGAUGGGUUCACGAAUCGGGCUAGCGUCUUCUUCUGGAGGUGCUUGGUUGAGUACAUGUCGGAGAGAAAACGGAGCGAGGCCGACAAGGCUAGUGCUCUGAUGAGAUUCCUGUCUCCGUUGGGUACCAUGGUCGAUCACCUCAACUUGUAAGCUCGGACUAAGCUGUGCGGAUUCUUAAUAUUAGAGUUUAUAGAGUCUUGCAAAGAGUGAGGAAUUUGGAGGACGAAGCUGACGACGACGAGAUGUACACCCUUCAGAUGUCGUUCGUCGAAAACUUCCUUCUCGUGAUGAGGCAUGCGCCGAGUGACCAGGCCGGUCUGGAUGCGUACAAGAAGGCUCUGCUGAAUAUGCUUCUGAACAUGUGCUACCAGAAGAAAGUUGUGGACCUUAUCAUCUUCGAACUGUCACAGUUCUACAUCGACAGCCCGGAAGAGCUGUUCUCAAUCAUUUACUCGAAAGCAAACGAGGUCAGACGCAGCUUCAGAGGAGGACGCAUUCCGCGAUUGGAAGAGACCAUUCUGAUAGGAGAGGCAAGAAUGCGCGCUGCGAAUGGAGAGGAGCCGAACUCAAGAGGGCUCAAGAAGAUUCCAGAGGACAAGGUGAGACACGAUUCUGCAGAAAUCAAUCAUAACUUAUCUCACAUUCAGGCGGAAAUCCUCUUGGAUCUGUAUGAGCUAAUUAUGGUCAAUUCAGCGUUGAAAGCGGGAAUUCUGAAGAAGUGGCACGCAGAGUAUGACCAGCGUUAUCGUCUUCUGGUGAGUUAAGAAUCUUCAAUUCUCUGUAAUCCGUGCAUUCUUUUCCAGUUCGAGCGGUGCCUCCACGAAUCCCGCCCCACCGACUUCCGCGUCUUGACCGUCGAGUGCAUCGGUAUCAUCGCCAUGUACGACUUGGACAUGGCGGCGGAUCGUCUCGCUGUGUUGGUGAAAGGCGUGAAAUCUGACAGUGCGGAGGUGCAGGGAGCGGUUGUCGGAGUGAUCGCAGACAUUGUCGUCCACCACGGUGUCGAUCAGGUCGAAGAACGCCUGGGAUCGAAUUACGACGUCGUCGAUCUGCUCUGCGACUUCAUAGUUCAGCCGGAAGUGGUAAGCUGGCCGAGACAGAUAAAGAGUACAACUAAUUGCUGAUAGUUUUCAGACUCAUCACCUUGACGUCAUCUUCCGCUCAGUGGAGUCGCUGGCUAAGAUCCUCCUCAACGUCAAGAUCAACCCGGACAAAUUGAAGUGGAGGAGAGCGGUGCUCUCCCUGAUGUACCGAGCCGCCUUCCGGAUCGCCAGCCCAAUGGGCGCCAAAAUAAGAAGUACCACCAUAAUGUUCCUGAAGUUCUUCUGUUCUCUGAAGAGGUUUGUUGUAUUUUUCCCCCUACUUUAGUAUUUUAUAAUCUUCGUUUUAGAAUGCACCAGAGUUUGCUCAUGAACACAUUCGGCCGCUUCUUUGAAAUGUGGUCGAUGAAUUCGUCGGAGAACCUCAUGACACUGGACCCGUUGGACAAAAUUUUAAAGUUGAAGAGAUGCGCAGCUACAUACGUGGCACUCACCCGGCACUCGACUCUGCCGAUCGAGGAGCAACUGAAGGUGAGAAACCCGUCGAGCUCGCACCCAAAUAAUUUUUCCAGUAUCAACCGGUGCAUGUGGAUUUUAUGACGCGCGCUCUGUCAGACAUCACAGCCUCUCCGGACAGCGUUCAGGCAGAGUACCUGGCGGUAGUUCUGCCGUUCCUCGAGUAUGAGACGUUCAAUCGUGCCUCCCUCAAUCGCUUCUAUGGAGAUUUGGAUUCGUACAUCGGGGUAUUACAGUAGACUCUCAGGACUGUUGUCAAAAUAAAGUUUGCAGGUUCACGAAGAAGAUUCCGAUAAGGGACGCUAUAACGAGUUGCGACGUAUCCAGAAGAGAGUCGCAAAGCUGCUGGGAAUUAACAAAAACGACGAAGAAGAAGAAAUUCAGCGAGCUGCUGAUGCUCGCAGAGCAGCAACGAAAGCGAAGAAGGCUGCUGCUGCCGCCGCCGCUGCCGCUGAAGAUGAUCAUUCGGAGGAAGAAUAUAAAGACGUCGAAGAAGAAGAGGAAGAGGAAGAGGAAGAAGGUCCAUCCACGUCGGCUCCAGUGACCAGAAGGGGCCGUCCUGCGAGAAAUUUGGCUGCUUCUGCUACCAGAAAGAAGAAGGAAGCCGACCCGAUGGAGCUGAUGCAAUCACCUACGAGAACCAUGAAAAGUAAGAAUGAGAGACGGACCAACAAUGCGAUCUCUUUUCCUUCAGGACCCCCAUCUCGUCAGAACACUGCCUCUCGCCCGGCGCCUUCCACUUCUUCCACUCGAAGCGCUCCGCCUCGCAGUGCCCGCAAACUCCGCAGUGAUAAAUGA